AUGAGCGGCCUGGACGGGUGCGAGAAGCCCGUUCUCCCCGAAACCUGCAGCGUGACUACUACCGAACAUGCCCCGGGAGACCUGGACCCACCUCAGUGCCAGAGCCUCCGAGAGGAAACCGAGGUGAGGGCGAAGACCGGUAAGAGCGACUUGGAGACCGUUGCGUUCCCACCGGCCCAGCUUCCUGCGGAGGGGGACGCACCCAGGGACUCCGCGGUCUGUGAGGGUCGCGGUCUUCUGGCGACCAGCGCGGGGAAGGAAGACGCUCCACUUCCCACAGAGGGCCUGGAAACAGCGUCUUGCAUCGCGGGGACAGAGAGCACCCUGAAAAAUGCCUGUCAGGGUGGAGAGCCGGGUGGCCCUGGUGGGGAGAAGGCUCUGGAGAACUGUGACGGAGGGAGAUCCGGGUCUCAAGUGAUUGUUGAGGUGAAGGCCGCAGAAGCGAAUCCUGAAAAGUGCGCCAUCUUGGCAGUCGCAGUGGAUGAGGAGAGGCCUGAGGGGGUGGAGGAGAAGAUGGAGAUGGAGGUAGCAGAGAAGCCCGUAGGAGAAGAAAGGGAUGUGGUGGAGGAGAGUGGAGAGAUGGGAGAGGCAAAUGAGGCGGCCAGGCCUGGGUCCCCGGACAUGGAUCGCUGCAUGAACCCUCUGGAGGCCAUUCAGCAGGAGCUGGACACUGUGAACGCACAGGCUGAUAGGGCCUUCCUUCAUCUGGAGCAGAAAUUUGGGCGGAUGCGCCGACACUACCUGGAGCGGAGAAACUACAUCAUUCAGAAUAUUCCUGGCUUCUGGGCCACGGCCUUUCGGAACCACCCUCAGCUGUCCGCCAUGAUUAGGGGCCAAGAUGCCGAGAUGGUAAGGUACAUAACUAAUCUGGAGGUGAAGGAGCUCAAACAUCCUAGGACGGGCUGCAAGUUCAAGUUCUACUUCCGAAGAAACCCCUACUUCAGAAACAAGCUGAUAGUCAAGGAAUAUGAGGUCAGAUCCACAGGCCAAGUGGUGUCUCUCUCCACCCCCAUCAUAUGGCGCAGAGGCCAUGAACCUCAGUCCUUCAUUCGCAGGAACCAAGACAUCAUCUGCAGCUUCUUCACCUGGUUUUCAGACCAUAGCCUUCCAGAGUCUGACAGGAUUGCUGAGAUUAUCAAAGAAGACCUGUGGCCAAAUCCACUGCAGUACUACUUGAUGCGUGAAGGGGCCCGGAGACCCAGACGUCGCCUAAGGGAACCAGUGGAAAUCCCUAGGCCCUUUGGAUUCCAGUCUGGUUAA